AUGGCGAUUACACUUCAACGCUCAGCCUUUAUCGAGGCCGUCCAAAAGCAUGGCCAAUCCUCCAUUGCAGUAGUGGAAAGCGAGUCGGGCGAAAGCUUCUCUUACCACACUCUGCUUGACAGUAUCGCCUGCGCCAAGGAAUUACUUCUGUCCAAGGUGGGAAAGGACGACAUAUCUGGAGAGAGGAUCGCUUUCAUGGUAGAAAGCGGGUUUCAAUACGUUGUCACCCUCUUGUCUAUCCUGGCCGCAAAUGCAAUUGCUGUGCCGCUGGCUCCGUCCUUCCCUGCCCCCGAAUUGAGGUAUAUCCUCGAGAAUAGCGAGGCUAUUCUUCUUAUCUCAUCUGCCAAGAACGCAGCCAAGGCGGAGGAAGUCAUCAGCAAAGACCUGGCAAACCCACCCUUGUUUCAUCAACUCGGCAGAUUCAACAAUGCUUCCUCCGAGGAUAAGAAUAUUGUGCUGGGUGAUUUAUUCGAAGCCCCCCUCGCUGGCAUGAUGCUGUUCACGUCUGGCACUACUGCUCGACCCAAGGGUGUCGUGCUAACUCAGAGCAAUCUAGCCGCUCAGGCAAAGUGUCUUGCGGAAGCAUGGAAGUAUGCUCCUAGCGACAGACUCCUCCAUGUCUUGCCACUCCAUCACAUUCACGGCACGGUUAAUGCUCUUCUCACGCCUCUUCUUGCGGGAAGUACCAUCGAGUUUAUGUAUCCGUUUAAUGUGGACUCAGUCUGGAAGAGAUUGGCUGCACCUUUUCUGAGCCAGACUGCGGUCAACGGUAACUGUAACGGUAACGGACAUUUGAGCGGCAAUGGACACUUAAACGGUAUGACCAACAACAAUACUCACAGCCCGGUCAAAACACCCGUAACCUUCUUUACCGCUGUUCCAACCAUCUGGGCUCGUCUUCUGAAAUCUUACGACUCCCUCUCCCCCGAGAUGCAAAGAGCUGGCAAAGAAGCCGUGUCGCCCAAAUUCCUCCGUCUGAAUAUCUCAGGUUCGGCUGCUCUUCCUAAGCCUAUUCGAGACGGUUGGAUCGAGCUCUCUAGCGGAAAUCUUUUGCUUGAACGCUAUGGAAUGACGGAAGUUGGAAUGGCUCUGUCCUGCGGCCUUGACGACAUAGAUCGUGUGGAUGGUUCUGUGGGCUGGCCUUUGCCUUCGGUGGAAGCACGCUUGAUGGAGACUGAUGACGACACUGGACUUCAAACGGUUAUUGUAACCGGUGAGGAAAUUGACCCAGACACUGGAAAGGAACGGGUAGGAGAGAUUCAGCUCCGUGGACCGACGAUAUUCAACGGCUACUGGCGCAAUCCCGAAGCUACAGCAAAGGAGUUCACUACAGACGGAUGGUUCAAGACAGGCGAUAUCGCCAUACGCCGUAAGGUCCCUGGCUCUGGCCUUGGAAAGUCCGGCACCUGGGCCCAAGGUCCAGCCUACUUCAUCCAAGGCCGUCGAAGCGCCGACAUCAUCAAAACUGGCGGCGAGAAGGUCUCAGCACUCGAAGUGGAGCGUGAGAUCCUAUCCCUCGCUGAGGUCGAUGAAUGCGCCGUGGUCGGUCUCCCUUCAGAAGCAUGGGGGCAAAAGGUCGCGGCAGUAGUCAUUGUUUCCGAGAAGAGCCAUGAGAGCAUGAGUCUGCAGCAGCUGAGGAGCGCGUUGAAGCCUCGAAUUACAGCGUAUAAAAUCCCGCAGGAUAUGGAGAUUGUAGAGGCACUGCCGCGGAACGCUAUGGGCAAGGUCAACAAGAAGGAGUUGAUAAAUAGUGUGUUUGGACCGGCGGAUAAGAUCAGGAGGAGGAGUGUUGAUUUGGGAAAUAGGCGAUUGGUUACGCGUGCGGUGCGUGUUUAG